AUGGAUGGCGAAUUCAAUUCCGCGGAAUGGGCACCGGGCACUGGUACAUAUGUUUUAGUGCAUCUUGGUGAUCGCCAGAAAUGGAAUAGAUUCCUAGUGGAACCCGGGCACAAGGAAAAUCUGAAUGUCAGCAACAUUAACCCAGAAGGGAACAGGAAGGGAAAUGCGGAUCUGUGCCAGGCUGGACAUGUGCCAAAAUGA